AAUCAACAAACUCUUGUUGAACUUUUCACUCUUUUCCGCGCCUUCUAUUUCGACACUGGGGGACCUUCAAGCGUUGUCUCUAUGCCUACUUGUCAUGAUGGAACUGGUACAUUCGACUAUCAAUCUUGUUCUUUGUCUUCACAAGCACCUGCCGCCCCUCAUCGUCCUUCCCCAUCCUUUGCACAAAGCUCCCCAGCGUCUACUACCUUCAAUAAUAACAUGGAAUCCGACGACACUGACAUUGAUUGUGUUACAGAGUUAUCCAUUAGCGUCCUGCGCUUCAGUCUACUUUUAAUCAGGCCUGUCCCUGCCCGAGAAGAUGAAGACCGUGCUAGUGACUUUGCCGGGCAGGCAAAUAGGCAACAACCACUUGCUGACAUCAAAAACGUUCCUCCUCGUCGUGUAGUUGAUCGCCUUGUCACAGCUAGCUUAACCGGAGCAUCUUUAGAGGCCUUAUUUACUCCCCGCACUCAAUUUGUGCAAUUUAGUCUUGAGGGAGCCCAACUUCUCGAUCUUACUCACCUAGAAGUAAUGAUACAGCCGACCACUGCAGCUCCGGCUUCCUUUAAUCAAAGACCGCCAAAACAGAGACAGGACACUAGUACUAUUCAUUCUCGUUCGACUAAUCAAAACCGUACCUUUUACCAUUGCAACCUUCCUCAUCGACGGCCACACCGUCACCGACAUAUCUUCAUUGUUGGCAGUCAUCUUGAGGAGCAAGAUAGGGAUGGGCAAUCAGCGACCAUCCGUAUCUUCAGCAAAGAUGAUAACGAAUCUGGCGAUUUUAGCAGGUUUGGACAGAAUGCAAGAGAUCGAAUAGCAACAGCCCCACUUCAUCUCUCGGUCUUUCGGGAAAGGCUCUCCCCAAACGCUUUGACAUGGUCAGAAGCUUCUAUCUCUGGUCAAAUGAACAGAGUCAUAUAUGUUCAUUCACCACAGGCCCUCAGCGCAAUUUCUAAUUGGUUUCAAGGAUUUCCACGACAAGCUACGCUGGCAGCACGUCGUCUUCGUCGAAGGCUAAGUCGUGCCGCUGGACGUGUUGUUGCUGAUCACGUUGCCAUGGCUCCCAUCAGAACUUCUAUGUCACCUCGGAGUGCUCGUUCACCCCGCCUGUGGGCUGACUCCAUGCUUGCUGGUCCGGUAGCCCCAUUUAGACCCAUUUGUCCUCGGCUUAGCUUGCGAUUUUAUCAACCCGUUCUGGUGCUGCCCGAAUCUUCCUUCUCAACACGUGUUUUAAUUUGCCGCCUAGGAGACUUGACUUUGACUAACAAAACGGAAAUUGGACAUACUAAUCCACUAAGUGAACCUGGUUCAUCCGAAGCCACAUUUAAUCCCAUCUUAUCUCAUUCGUCCUCCAUCGAAAGGCCUAUCCAUUCUAACUACUUGACAGAAUUUGAACAAAUCGGUCCACUGCAGCCCUCUGCAUUCUAUCUGAGUCUGUCACGUGCUAGUCUCACUGCACUCGAUUUGGCUCUUCUUGAAUCGAAGACUAGCCCUGUCAUUGUUUCUCACAAUCCACACUCAUCAUCCAGCUCACUAAUGAGCAAGGCACCUGGAAACCGGCUCUCGGCAACUGCUCUGGCGAGACGGGUGCUUGAGGUUUACCGAAGCGAUACAAUUUGGGCUGAAGAACAAUUUAUUAUUAAGUCCGUUAGUGCAUCUUUUGAG